AUGUCCAAGAUUCGCCACGAGUGGUAUCAGACGGAGGGCGAGGUCGUCGUGAGCGUCUUCAUCCGCAAUGUCAAGGAGGAGGACCUCAAGGUGGAGCUACAGGAGCGCUCGCUCUCGCUCUCCGUCCACCUCCCCACCGGUUCCGACGUCGUCUUCGACCUCGACCCGCUCGCCCAUGCUAUCGACGUGUCUGCAUCGUCACACCGCGUGUUGCAGCCCAAGAUCGAGCUCAAGCUGAAGAAGAAGGAGGGAGGUGUCAAGUGGAGCAAGCUGGAGGGCGAGGACGAGAGUAUCGUCAAGAUGGGUCAAGCGACUGAGGAAAAGGUCGACCACAGCUACCCCUCCUCGUCCCGUAAGCGCCACAACUGGGACGACAUCGUCAAGCAGUCGGCCAAGGAAGACGAGGCUCUCGCCGAGGAGCUGCGCAAGAACCCGAACGCCGGCGGCGACAAGGCCCUCAACGAGCUCUUCCAGAAGCUCUACGCCGAUGCGACCGACGACCAGCGCCGCGCCAUGAUCAAGAGCUACCAGGAGAGCAACGGAACGGCUCUUAGCACGGAUUGGAAGGACGUCAGCAAGAGGAAGGUCGAGACUCGUCCGCCCGAUUCGAUGGUUGCCAGGAAGUGGGAGCAGUAG